UUGAAACAACCUCUUCUCUAGAGCAACGAAGUCUCAACACCCAUCAUGAAGUUGAUCACUCUCGCACUGGCUCUCCUGCUGGUCUUGUCCGCCGUCCUGUCGCCCAGCCAAGCCACGCCGGACGCCCUAGCAGACCCGAGUCCGUUCUUCUUUCUCAAAAAGAAGAAGUAUGGCUAUGGCGGCUAUGGCGGUUAUGGCUACGGCGGUUAUGGCCACGGUGGAUAUGGCGGUUAUGGCCAUGGCGGUUAUGGCCACGGCGGAUAUGGCGGUUAUGGCCAUGGCGGUUAUGGCCACGGUGGACAUGGCGGUUACGGCAGUUACUGGUGAAGAAAGAGAUAGGCAGACUCCCCAAGCAAGAUAUGGAAGAGUUAAGAUUUUUACACGCUCUACGGGAAACAAUUAUCUCGUCGAUAACUAUCAAAUGAA